AUGGAGAAGGUGACGGCAAUCAACCGGACUGACUUAGUGUCGUUGUCGCGGCUGUUGUCGUCUGCCGUUGUUGUCAUCGGCGGCGGCGAUGUGGUCCUAGAAGGCUGGCGGCGGUGGGGGUGGGCUGAUGUGGACUCCGGGCGGCGGGGAGAUGGCAAUGGGAUUGUAAUUUGGGGCCUAUUCGGCCAUAGUCCGACGGGUCAUGACCGGCGGCUGCUGGUGGUUGCCGUCGUCACGGGUGGUGUUGUGCUGAGACGACAGGCGGCGGCUCGACAAUGGUUCAGACGACCGGAUCUGGCUGUGUAUUGGGGGACAUUUAGGUUGGAUUUUUGUGAAUUACACAUUGUAUAG